AAAAAAAAAAAAAGGCAAUUGCAAUCUAUCCAUUUUACAAUCUGGUGUUGCCUUUUGGAUUUUCAUAAUGUAAGCGCAACUCUUCAGUUUCUUCCAACAGUGCUUCACAAUUCAUUCUCAGAUUGUUGUUGCCAAUCAUUUAAUGUUAUGCCUCCAAGUGGGAAAAAAAACAGCUUUUACCUCCCCUCGAUUUACUUAGCAACCUUCCUGAUAGUGUAAUCAAUGACAUUCUAGCAAAGUUGCCUUUACGAGAUGUUAUGAGGACAAGCAUCUUAUCGAAGAAAUGGAGAUAUAACUGGUGCAGACUUCCACAACUGAAACUUGAUCAAACACUUUGGAAAACUACAAAGUACUUAAUAUCCCUUACAAUUGGAUUGACUAACAUUCCCUGCCACCUCUUAACCAUUCAUACAGGACCAAUUACCAAGUUUACCCUCGCCAUUCCUGUUCUAAAAACAUGUCCUAUUAUUGAUCACUUGAUAUAUUUCCUCGCAGUGAAUUGCAUUCAACAUCUUGUCCUUGAACCUCUAUUCGGUAACCCGAUACAAAUUGCCUUCUUCAUUUUCCUAACUUCGGGUUUGAGGCAUUCGACUCUCGAAAGAUAUUUGCUGUGUCCUUUACCAAUCUAAGGGAUUUGAUAGGUUAAUAAGCCUAGAACUAAGACAUGUCAAUAUUUCUUCUGAAUCGCUUGGAAGUUUGAUCUCCCGUUGCCGUUGCUUGAGAAUUUUGCUUGAGGAUUUGGUGCUGAAAGGCCCAGACAAUUCAAACCCCAUGGAAAUUAGUGCUCCCAAGCUGAGAUCAUUUGUCUUCUUUGGCUAUAUACAUUUUAUACAUCUAAAAAAUGUCCCUCUUCUUAAUAGUACCAGUUUCAAAAAAAAAAAAAAAAUGUCCCUCUUCUUUCCAAUGUUUCAUAUGAGCCUACAGUAUUUUCGACAGAGGCAGAACAUGAUCUUGCCAAUAUUUUAAAGUCUAUUCCUGCUCUCGAGAAUCUCUGCUGGAAUCACUUGAAUGUCCAGGCAUGAAUGCUGGACCAGCUGAAGUUAUACCAACAAGGCUUCCCUUUGCUCUUAACUGUCUUAAACACCUUAGCAUGGUGAAGCAUUUUCUCAACAAUUUUAUGCCUCCAAGGUUAGAGCCAAGCAUUUUUCCUUUGCUUCAUCUUGAAAAAGUUUCCAUGAGUUUUUUAGUAGUACAAGUCUAUUACUUCUUUUACCAGCUAGCACUGCUAUGCAGCUUUUAUUAAUUAUUCAGUAUGGUGUUUGGUAGUUGCUUGUUCUUAUCUCUAGUACUCUUUGAUUAUUUCUUGUACUAUGUUAUCCUAUUAUCUUGUUGUUAUUACUGCUUAUUAUUCCUGAUGCUUUUUCAUCUCUCUUUGAGCCGGGGGUCUACAGUAAAGAGCCUCUCUACCCAUCAAAAGGUAGAGGUAAGGUCUGUGUACACUCUACCCUCCCCAAACCGCACCUAGUGGGGUUAUGUUGGGUAUGUUGUUGUUGUUGUUGCUUUAUGGUGUUUAGUAGUAUAUGGCUAAAAAUCUCAUACAUUUCUUAUAGAUUUCUUCUUUUUUUAUGCCAAACUAGUAUUUUGUUGGCCCCACAAUGCUUAUCCCAGUUGACCUCUUACAUUUUGAUCUAAUGCUUUGAUAAACACAGCAUGUGAAUCUGUUAUUUUAGAGAAAUUGCAUGAUUUUAAAAUCACCAUCAUCACUAUGCCUCUGUUGAAGGACAUUUUUUAUGACAUUUUCUUUUUAAUUAUUUUUUUCAGUUACUAUUGCUAUAAUUUACCUCAUACCACCACUUAUAUACUCCCCACAGACAGAGGCGGAUCUAGCAUUUCUAUAACAUGGAUGCACCACUAAAAAAGCAGAAAAAAAGAAGCAUCAAGUGGGAAUUAAUCCUUGCUCUUUUAGGUAAAUAAUUUAGCACUUAAUCAAGUUCACCAUUUAGCCUUUCUGGAGCAUGGCUGGCAGAAGAUAAUAUUAAAUUAAUUCUAAAAAAUAUAUACAUAAGAUAUAUACUUUGGCGGAAAGACCAUGGGUUCACAGGCACCAUAAAUUGCUCUAUAAAUCCGCCCAUGCCCUGAUAAAAAAAUCACCCCAUGCCCACAGAGUUUAAGAAAGGAAAAAUAAUAUUUCUAAAAUUUGUAAUAUAAAACAAGACAUAUAAAUAUCAUUCUUUUUGGACAGACGACAAAGGAAAAUGAAUCUCAUUAAUUGGGACAAAGAAACUAUUAUAUAAGUCAAACUAAUAUCUUAAAUCUUGUAUGAUAUCACAAGAAGCAUCGGGAAUCAAAUGUGUAUUUAAGUUAAGCUUGCAGCCAUGACUAAAAAAGAGUAUUUGACGUUAGUAUAUACUCUUGAAUCAUAAGGAAAAAAACAUUUUGGUAGUUAAAAACAAAAUCGAACAAACAAUAUUGCUCUUUAGUUGUCUCUCUUCUCACCCUUUACUUUUGGUUCCCAUUUUCUGCUUUUAAUUUUAUCUCCGGACUGUAGAUUCUCAUUAAUGGCUGAUACAUUACUUGACAGUCAUAAAAUUUCUGUCAACUUAGUUAAAUCUUGAAUUUUGUAGAUGAAUAUAUGGCAAAAACAUUAACACAAUAAAAUCAUGAUCAAACAUGAUAUUAGGAAACAAAAUAUAUUUACAUUAGUAAGGAUAAUUGUGUGCUUAUUUGAGCCGUUCUACGGAUUGAUGAAGGACUAAGUUAUAAUUAUCUGAUAGUGUGUUUAUAUAAGAGCUAGAGAGGGAAUACAACUGCAAUUAGUUUAACUCUGACGGGUCCUUCUAUUAUGGUCUCAUCGGGUUUACCCUACACUCAACAUUGCAAUAAAUACGACCCAAUAACUAUUUAUCGCACUCGGGCUGGUUUACUCUCUAAAUUGCGGUGCACGUGAAGUCGUCAACCCAUGGUCUCUCUGCCAAGUUAGUUAUUUUAUGUACAUGUUUCCUAUAAUUGAUCUAAUAUUAUUGGACUCUCAUGCUUCAAAACUGCAAAAUGGUGCAUUCUGUUGAAUGCUGUAGAUCCGCCUCUGAUGACACUUAUAGUUGGGCCUAUACUUAUAUACUAACAUCAAACAGAAAACGUUGAAAUAUAAAUAGAAUAUUUUUAAUAAUAAGGGCCCAACUGUAGUUUUACCAAAAGGAAAAGGAGGCAAUUGCAAUUUAUCCUGCCUUUUGGAUUUUCACUAUUUAAGCGUGAACUCUGGAAGCUUCUCUCUUCAGUUUCUUCCAACACCGCCAUUGAGCCGACAAAAUGAAUUAGCCAUCGAUCGGAGCAUCAUAGGAGUACUUGACAUUCAUCAUCAGAAUCUUGUUGGCAAUCAUUUUAUAUGAUGCCUUCUAAGGGCAAAAAGCAACAAUUACCUCGUGAUGUACUGAGCAACCUUCCUGAGAAUGUAAUCGAUGACAUUUUAAUGAGUUUGCCUCUACGAGAUGCUGCGAGAACAAGCAUCUUAUCGAAAAGGUGGAGGUAUAAGUGGUGCAGACUUCCACAGUUGAUGCUUGAUGAUACUGUUUGGGGAACUACCAAGGAUGUUGUAGUUUACUGUAGAAGCAACUUGACUAAGAUUAUCUCCAGCAUUUUGAAACUUCAUUCAGGACCAAUUAAAAAGUUUGCCCUUUGCCUUCCUUAUUUUGUCAGCUAUCCUAAUAUUGACAAUUUGAUAUGUUUCCUCUCCAAGAAUAACAUUCAUCAUCUUGCCCUUGAAAUUCCUACUUAUAGCCCAUACAAACUGCCUUCUUCAAUUUUCACAUGUUUGCAAUUGAGGCAUUUGACUCUCCUAAGAUGUCUAAUACAUCCUCCACCAGUCUUUAAGGGAUUUGGUAGGUUAAUUAGCCUAGAACUAUGUAAUGUCACAAUUUCGUCUGAAUUGCUUGGAAGUUUAAUCUCCCAUUGCCCGUUGCUUGAGAAUUUGGUGCUGAAAGAUUUACGUAAUUGUAACCACAUUGAAAUUAAUGCUCCCAAUCUGAGGUCGUUUUUCUUCGAAGGCAAUAUAAAUGUUUUACAUCUAAAAAAUGUUCCUCUUCUUUCUAAAGUUACAUAUAAGCCUAGAACAUUUUCAGUAGAGGCAGAACAUGAUCUUACCAAGAUUUUUGAGUCUAUUCCUGCUCUGGAGAAUCUCUGCUGGAAUCUAUUUACGGACGUGGAUAAUGGAAUAGUUGAAGUUAUACCAACAAGGCUUCCCUCUGCUCUUAACUGUCUUAAACGCCUUCGGAUAUCUUGGAUUACUCUGCGAGAUUUCUUUGAGCUUUCGUUUGCUCUUUGCUUGAUAAGAAGCUCCCCAAAUUUAGAAGAAAUUGAAAUUGAGGUGCAUGGUAGUAGUGAUGAGGACUAUUAUGACAUACCUGUGCCCCAGGAUGUUGUUGAUAAGAUUCCUGCAAGUUUCUCAGAUAUGACAUUUAAUCACCUGAGGAUAGUUAAGAUUAACAAUAUAGCAGGUGCCGGGGCUGAAAUGCAGCUUAUCAAGGUUUUAUUGGCCAAAUCUCCAGCACUGGUCAAAAUGGUAAUCAGGCCCUGUGAAAUGGAAAAUAAAAAAUCUCUCAGAGUACUCGUGGAGAUAACUAAUUUUCAGCGGGCGUCAUCUAAAGCUCAAGUUGUGUAUAAUAUAGAUUAGUAUCCGUAUCACAAUCCUGCUUGAUCUUCAUGAGUCUUCAAUCAGAUCUCUCCACAAUCAAGACUAAGUACUUGCAGAAUUAACAAAAUUUCUCUGGUCUAUAACUUAGACUGCAAUCCUGUUUGAUCUCCAUUUAUCUUUUAGCAGACCAUGAUCUUGGCUAAAGAAUGCUCUGGCAUUUAAAGAUGAAAUAGAUUAAAUUUGUCUAGGCAGUAGUCAAAUGUUGUGGUUUUUCCUCUUUGACGAUUAAACGGAUUGAGAGAAGACUUGGAUGUUUUGACUUAGCUUGUUUGUCACUGUGACAUUUCUCAGGGUUUAAACUUCCUGCUUGCUAUAGAUUGAUAUGUUGUGGAUUAAUUAAUUCUCUACUUGAUUAGAGAUCACUGUAACAGUCAUGAAGCAUUUUCUCAACAAUCUUGAAAAAGCUGCCAGGAGUUUUUGUA